ACUUUAGGCAACAUCGAGAGUUGACGCUUUGGCCCCUCAUAGGAGGUCCAUAUAAGUUCAUUUGCUCGAUACAAUGUCAUCUACACUUUUCAUACUAAAGGGCCUACAUGUUGCAGAAAUUGAAUGAAUAAUGUAGUAUUAUCGCGACAAAAUACCUUUUUCUAUCGGAAAUCAAAAUUAUUUCGCAGCGUAUUAUACUCUCACCCAUAGCUCUUUCCAUUUCAUUCAUUGACAACAUAUCUAUGACUAUGACUUUGAUUCUGUGAAGAAUACUAUAGUAAAGUUGUUACAGAUCUAGUAUAGGAUUACACUUUACCACUACACGGUCAAAAUGAUGCACUGUUAGUCAGGAAUCGAAGAGAAUUUAAGCAGUUCAGGACCGAAGCUGACGUUCUUUGGGACAUAUUGCCUUUAAAGUGUGUCCUUCAUUGUCUCUUGCUGCAUGGAUCCUAAAUGAUGACUCCAUGAUGACUCUGAAUCAAGUGAAUAUGAGUCAGAGCAACAUGGGGAUUCGUGCUAUUUCUUUAGGUCACUUGAAAGGUCCUUUCAUGAUGCGGAAACAGAAUGUUCCAACUAUGACUUUCAUCUGGUCUACAUACAGAGUGAGGACGAACAGAAUUACAUUGAGCGCCUAAUGAAUGACCACGAUGCCCUGUACUGCUGGAUCGGGCUAACCCUCGACGAUAAUGGAACAGCGGUUUGGAUGGAUGGGUCCAGUCUCACCUACCAAAACACAGAUCACAACAGCCACGAUCAAGGACUGGAAUGUCUCCGCAUAAGCAAAUAUGAAGAGUAUACAUGGCAGGACACUGAUUGUUCUAUAAGAUAUCAAUAUACUUGCGAAAAAGAAAUUGAAUGCUCAACAACAGCCGGAUCAACUGAGCCAGUGACGACAGCAUCUACAACUCAGCUACCUAAUACACAGACUUCAAUCAGGCCGUCGACAACUACACUGGCAGCAACAAUCACCGCAGCUACCACGUCGGCAACACGUAGAGAGAGUUCAACAGCAACUGGAUCAACUGAGCCGGUGACGGCAGCAUCUACAAGUCAGCCACUUGAUACACAGACUUCAUUAAGGCCGACGACGACAACACUGGCAGCAACAAUCACUGCAACUACCACGUCGGUAACACGUAGAGGUGAUCUGACGUCGUCUUGGUAUGAACUCAUCGCUCAGAACGAAAGAAUCAAAGAAUGGAACAUCAUCGAGCGACACACGGCGUCGACGGUGAUACGGUGUGCGGACCUGUGUUCGACCACGGAGUCGUGCUCGUGCUUUACAUUCAUCGCCGACGAUGUUGAUUGUCUCCUUGGGGAAUAUGAUCCCAGAGACGGCUAUAUGAACAAUCAUCCUGGAGCCACCACAUUUGUGACAAUUUAGGAUAUUGAAGGUUCAUCCAUGGAGCUAUUAAACACAGUAAUAGCUCUAUGGUUCACCUAUAUUGUAGUAUACACCAUACCAGGAUCCACAUGCCCCUCCUAUCUAUGCCCCAGUUGGAUAAUGUUAUUUAUCCCGCCCCCUUCUUAAACAGAUUUGCUGCCCCCUAUUUGAUUUAUUCUUUUUUUGCGCCCAAAUUCUAGAAAAAAAACAAAUUCGGACCUUCCUCCUUCACUGUGAGAUUCUGCAUCUGUGACAAAACUUUUCAUUUCAUAUAUUUUCAUAUUUCUAGUUUGACAUUCAGUGCUUCACAUAAUUAUAUAAAUGAAAUAAACAGCAACAAUAUUGCAUGAUAUAAACUUACAGACAAAUAAAAAUUAGUAACACAAUGAUAAUAACCAUUAAAUUUAUGAAGCUAAAGUCAGAAAAAUGUGAUGGGACCUCCAUGAAAGCAAGCUUGUAGAACUGUGGGCCCCGAUGAAAUAAGUUGUAUAAAGUAAUGACUGAUAGAAUACGGAUACAAAUUUAUGAAGGUUUGAAUUUCAUUUAAAUAGAGAAAAUACCUCAAAAUCAUAUCUAUUAUGUUGAAGGCUGUUUUAACAUUAAAAUUGUAUCAAAACUUAUCCUGAAUAAGAAUCAUUACUUUCUCCAAUUAGUUCGUUCAUCUAGAAAUGGUUGAACUAAGUAUGGAUCUAGGGCCUAGGGCCUCUUUUUUUUUUUAAAUAAAAAAUGCAUUGUUGUCAAACCAUGUUUUCCAUCACAAUGGAGGAGAAAAAAUAAAAUUAUCAUUAUUAUGAAUUUUGAUGAACAAAAAUUAUAUAUAAAUAGUGAUUGCAGAUGUCAUGAACUGUCUCAUUAAUUUGCGUAUCACCCGUGUUUUGUACUUAAAAUUUUCUUAUUUUGCAUCCGAUUUUGAUGAAAUUUAUUUUCAGUUUAAUGCUUGUACAAUUUUUCUCAUGCUGUUAGAAUUAAAAUUAUAUAAUCUUAUUUGUAUCAUUUAGCCUAAUUGAAAUAGCAGUUGGUUUUCAACUGACUUCAUAAGUUUGUUUAUUCAUUUUUAAAUAAAUGGCUGUACAUUAUAUUUGUGUUCCUUGAGAUCUAUUAUACAUUAUAUCCAUUUAGAGUGUCUGCUUACUGAUUCAUAAUGUGCAUAGUACGUGACUUUGUAAUGUUUGUUUGUAUUUUGUUGACGGAAAAUAAAUGAAUAAAUAUCUGAAAAUAUCU